GCCAGGUUGGUGUGUUGAGCACAACAUUUACGUUGAACUAUAAGCGGGUUUUACGAAAAUGAAAUACUGAAUUAAAAUACAAAAAAAUUCUUUUAGAAAUAAAUACACAAGAAAACAACAACUUAACUAAUACAAAAAAAAUAAUAAUAAAAUCAAUAAAUUUGCUUUAAAUUCUAAUAAGAAUAGAUAAAGUAUCAAGUAAAAUAAAGCCGCUGAGUGUUGUUGUUUGGUGGGCCGUUUGGAAUUAUAAAAUUUUUGCACCAAUAUCUUUACUUUAACUUCAGAUUAUCACACAAAAAAAGGCAACAUGGUCUCCUCCACAUUUAAACUUUGCACCUCAUUACACAUAUUUUUUAUAGUCCUGUUAACAGCAAAGGGUGCCCAAAUACCAACAACAAAAGAUCUAUUUGCUGAAUUGGAAGAAAUUGAGAGCUCAUCAACGAAACCCACCAUAGAGCCAACGGUUAGAAUAAAAUGUUUAUCGGGUUCCAUGCUAAUAACCAUCAAGGAUGCUCCAGUAAAUCAUGAAAAUAGUCUAUUUAGUGGCAUGAUAUAUCCAAAGGGUUUAUCAAAGAAUUCAACAUGUCUAACGGAAUAUAGAGAUCAUGACGGCCCCUUACGUUAUAAACUCCCACUACGUAGUUGUAAUACCAUGCCUCAAGAGACGGACGAUGGCGGCAUUGAAUUCUUCAAUACCAUAGUUUUACAGCCCCAUUUGAAACUGAUCACUGAUGCCGGUCGUGGCUAUCAUGUCCGUUGUGCCUACAAAUCCCGUGAUGCUGCCAUGAACAUGAAGAAAACCCAUAAUAAAAUGGUGAAAGCCAGUGCUGGUGGUAAAUAUCCACCAAAACCACAAGCCUUUAGAAGUGCCGAAGCCGACAGUACUGAUCGUAGAAGUUAUGGCAGAUCAUUGGAUAAGUAUCGGGCUGCUGGUGAUGAAUUGGAUGAGGAAGAUGUUUUAAACGAGGAGGAGGCUAUGAUGAAUAAUGAAACUGAUAUGGAUAAUGAAAUUCCAAUGCCUGGUUGCCAUAUGAAAAUAUAUAAUGCAGAGCAUAAAAUUGCCAAUGAUGUAAAGAUCGGAGAUCCCUUGACCAUUGUCAUUAAUAUCGAUAAACAGAAUGUUUAUGGUUUGCAUGUAACCGAUUGUAUUGUACGCGAUGGUCUGGGUUGGGGUGAACAGCGUUUGGUGGGUGAUGAUGGUUGUCCUAUGGAUAAUGAGAUUAUGGGUCAAUUCAACUAUACCAUGGAUAGAUUGGCGGCUAAUGUUACAUUCCCGGCUCAUAAGUUCCCCUAUACCACAUCGGUUUAUUAUCAAUGUAAUGUAAAAUUGUGUGCUCUACAGGAUCCCGAUUGCAAAGUGGCUCCCAUUUGUGGAGGCAAACGACCUAAACGACAAACAAAUAACGAUAACAAAGACGAAGAAGGUUCUCCAGCCACCAUUGAAGUAUUUUCUGGUCUUUAUGUUAACGAAAAUGUCGAUGUUACCGAGGGAGAUGAUGAUUCAAUAACUAAAGAAAAGACAUUGGAAGAUGCUCUCUGUAUCUCUCAACGUGCUUUUGCCAUAGCCAUCGCUAUAGCUGGCCUCAUUUUAAUGUUGGCUGUUGUUGCAGCCGUUCUAUGUAUAAUGGCUAGACGCAGCACUAAGACCGUUUCAAACUCCGGCAGUUCCAUUUACAGUGGUCCCUACACAAACACCGCUUUCUCGCAUAGCAGUUAAAUUUUCCCCCAAAAA